GGGCUCCUUUUGUUUGGAGAGAUCUGCCAUCAUGCCUGAUCCGUCCAAGUCGGCCCCCGCGCCCAAGAAGGGCUCCAAGAAGGCCGUCACCAAGGCGCAGAAGAAGGACGGCAAGAAGCGCAAGCGCAGCCGCAAGGAGAGCUACUCCAUCUACGUGUACAAGGUGCUGAAGCAGGUGCACCCCGACACCGGCAUCUCGUCCAAGGCCAUGGGCAUCAUGAACUCGUUCGUCAACGACAUCUUCGAGCGCAUCGCCAGCGAGGCGUCGCGCCUGGCGCAUUACAACAAGCGCUCGACCAUCACGUCCCGCGAGGUGCAGACGGCCGUGCGCCUGCUGCUGCCCGGGGAGCUGGCCAAGCACGCCGUGUCGGAGGGCACCAAGGCCGUCACCAAGUACACCAGCUCCAAGUGAGGCGCGCCGGGCGCCCCGGAACCCAAAGGCUCUUUUCAGAGCCACCCACACAAUCGAAAAAGGGUUUCGAACACGGUGAAGGGUUGUCAUGUGAACCAAUUCCGUUGUGUGCGUCCGUUUCCUGGUUAUCGGGUUUGUGUGUGCGCGCGCCUGUGCGUACGUGAGCAGAGAGGAAGAAUGUGUAAGUGUUCUUUACGGAGGUCUGGGAUGGUGGCCGUGGCCAGUGCGACCAAGGAUCCCGUGUCCACCCUCCCCUUGGGGGCUAUCAAUGCAUCGUUAGUCGAAGUAGGACCCUUGAGCUCUGCGUCCUCUGGUGGCUGCAGAGCGUAUCCCCGGCGUUUGCGCGCGUGGACUCCCAGGCCGCGCACGGUCCGCGCGUGGCGUGCCCCUGUGGGUGAAGGGCGCGGGUCAUUGCUUCCGUAAGGACCUCAUGCGAGCCUGCCUUCCCCGGUGUCCCUGAUGAAUGGACUCCGGAGCUGAGGACUUGGUUGUUGCGCAGCCCGGGCGGUGGCGCCUGGAGCUGCAUCCCUGCCUGGACCGGACGUCUUUCUUCUCAAGCAGGGGACAUUUCCGGGAGGAUAUUUGCGUGGCUGGAUCUUGCAGCGGCAUUGGAACCGAGAGGGAGACGGCAGCGUCCUGUGCGCGGGAGCCAGAUGUAAUAAGCCGCUUCCUGCUGCGGGGAUGGCUCAGGACAAUAAUUCCUUUUCUCUGUAAUGCCUCCUUUUCUGAACCAAUUGGCUCCUUCCCCUUUCAGCAACUUUGUUAUUAUAUUCUGUGAAGCGUCAGUGACGUAGAAUUCCCCCUUUCUUUGAAUUUAUGACAUUUAAUUUGGAAAGUGUUCUCUUGGUCCGAGAAAGCGCUUUGGCACGAAGAGUCUUCACUUGGGAAAAGACAUCGCUUUGCCUUUUCCUUCACUUUGCUCUUCUUAUUUGUAAACAAGGGAUUUUUAAUCGCUGCCUUGAGCGUGUUUGAGUCUUAGAUGUAUUGGAAGGUGGUGGCAUUGAUACACAAUGAAAGAGAACAGUCGUGUUUUUGCAAAUCGUCUCUCGGAAGGAGGCCGGUCGGGUAUCGGGCUGGGCGGGAGGGUCUGGAGGGAACGUCGCCACCCGGGCGUCCUCCGCCCCAGCGGCUGGAAGCCCACCCACCCAUUCCUUCUGCGUGGGUCCAAUCUAAAGGGAUUUAAAAUCUCACACGUUUUUCAGUUGACAUCUAAAAUACUUUUAUCCUUAGUUCUAAUAGUUAACAAGGAUGCAAAUCCCAACACAGGACGUUACCAACAAAAAUUUUUAAAGAAACGUUGGAAUAUUUGUAAAGUUCUUGAGCUGUUACACACUUUCAAAUUUUUUUUGAUUGAGAUAUAGGUGAUCACAUCAAUCUUUUCAAGGUAUCUAUUGAAAUAGCAAUUCGAUACCAUAAUCAAUUCAUAGAACACACGAUCAAAUUCUUCGUUAACACUGAGAUGGCCUAGAUGAUCCUUUUUUUCUCCCUGAACUCAUACCCAUUGCACCUCUCAGAUUUUCAUCCAAAUGUAAGAUAUGUUUUUAAUUGUUUUAUCUACUACCCUUCCUUAUCCAAAAAAAAAAGUUAAUAAAAGUUAUGUAAAUUGAAAUUUUAUAAAUACUUAAAAAAUCACCUGGGCGGUGCGCAAUGGAUGAAAACAUAAUUUUGGUACACAGUUAUCAAAGAGAGAUAAUUGUAAUCCUCAAACAAUCAGAUUUAAUCUUGGUGAAACCUACGUCAUUCAGUGAGAUUGGUGGUGAUGCUCCCUGCAUUAUUCGUUCAGUUUAUGCCUCAAUAGGCACAUAUAGUAUUGUUAUGGUUAGAGUGAUACCGGUGUGCAUCCUGGCUUACCCUUUACUUUCUUUUUUAGAUACAUGCUCUGAACCAAUAUUUACAGACAAAACAAAAAACACCCAAAAACCCAUAGUGACAGAAAUUUUGUCUUGGCUAUUUUACUCCAUUCUAUCAUUCCUAGUUAUCCCAGCAUUUGAAAACGGGUGAGGUAUCAUCAGAAUCAACACCUUUAAUUUUAAGAGAUGUAUGAUUCAUACUGAACACUGCAGAAUCCAGCCCUCCACUAUGAAGCAGGGGCCUCCUGAUUGUGUCUGAUCCCUCAGCCCACUACCCAGGUAGAUUAGGAGUCAGUAUCUUCAUGAGGCAACGGGAAACUAGUCUCCCGGACCCACGUGAUUCUCUGCCUGCAUAAUGAGCUUAAGACACAGGUUUAAUGAAAUGAAACUCGUCUCCACCAGUGUGUGAAAUUGCUAGCAGUAGGCAACAAAAAUAAAAAAGGAGAAUAAAUCCCAAA